GCAUCCCCCCGGACUGCCGCUUGGCCCCAGCCGCCGGCUCCCUGCCCGCCCGCCGCCGCGCCUCCCCACAGCGCCCACCUGCUGCUGCGGCUUCUCGGGGAACCAGGCGCGGGACAAACUGCAUGUAAAGACGGAACCGCCCCAGCGCCCCAAUAUGCCCUGCGUGCAGGCCCAGUACAGCCCUUCGCCCCCUGGCUCAAGUUAUGCAGCUCAGACCUUCACCUAUGGCUCGGAGUACAACCCCGAGAUCAUGAACCCGGACUACACCAAGUUGACCAUGGAGAUGAGCGGGGCUGAGAUCAGUGCCACUGCCACCACCUCUCUGCCCAGCUUCAGCACUUUUAUGGAGGGCUAUGCUGGGAAUUAUGAGCUCAAGCCCUCCUGCUUAUACCAAAUGCAGUCCUCUUCGCCUUCCUCUUCCGCCAGCCAGAGGCCCCUCGUCAAGAUGGAAGACAGUCGGCUGCAUGGCUACCACCCAUCCUUGCCUCCCUCUGCUGAUGAAGGCAUGGCUGUGAACACCUCCAUGUACUUCAAGCAGUCCCCGCCCUCCACGCCCACCACCCCCGGGUUCCCCCCACACCAGGCCCCCUGGGACGAACCGCCGCCGCCGCCUCUUCCGCCAGCACAGACCUGCAUGGCCCCUGGCCACCUGAUGAGCGCUGCCCCCAUGAAACCGGGGCCCGGCCGCUUCCCACUCUUCCACUUCAAGCAUUCGCCGCCCCACACGCCACCUGCCGGCACCCACAUGUGCUACGAUGCCACUGCCUUGAGCCUGCCCAUGGGAUCGGAUAGACCCCCCGCCGGCCAAGCCGCCAUGGAAAACCACCCGUACGGGCUCCCGUUGUCCAAGAGAGGAGCCGCCUUAGCCUUCUCGCCGCUGGGUCUCAAUGCAGCCGCUUCCAGUCUUCUGGGGGAGAGCAGCGGUAGCAGCAGUGGUCUUCCCUCCCCACCCAGCAGAAGCUCUUCCUCAGGGGAGGGCACUUGCGCCGUGUGUGGGGACAAUGCUGCCUGCCAGCACUAUGGCGUGCGGACAUGCGAGGGCUGCAAAGGCUUCUUCAAGAGGACAGUUCAGAAAAAUGCAAAAUAUGUUUGCCUGGCUAAUAAAAAUUGCCCAGUGGAUAAGCGCCGUCGAAACAGAUGUCAAUACUGCCGAUUUCAGAAGUGUCUCAGUGUCGGCAUGGUAAAAGAAGUUGUCCGUACCGACAGUUUGAAAGGGAGAAGAGGCCGACUGCCUUCCAAACCAAAGAGCCCUUUGCAGCCAGAGCUUCCUCAGCCCUCGCCACCUUCUCCUCCAGUCAGUAUGAUGAAUGCUCUUGUGCAAGCGUUAUCCGAUUCCGCACCCAGAGAGCUUGAUUAUUCCAGAUACUGUUCCACUGAGCAGACUUCCACAGGUACAGAUGCAGAACAUGUGCAACAAUUCUAUAAUCUUCUCACUGCCUCCAUUGACAUAUCCAGGGUCUGGGCAGAAAAAAUCCCAGGAUUUACAGACCUCCCAAAGGAAGAUCAAACUCUACUCAUAGAAUCAGCGUUUUUGGAGCUCUUUGUAUUGAGAAUGUCCAUCAGAUCUGACACUGCUGAAGAUAAAUUUGUUUUCUGCAAUGGACUUGUGCUUCAUAGACUUCAGUGCCUUCGUGGAUUUGGGGAGUGGCUCGACUCAAUUAAAGACUUUUCCUUAAAUUUACAGAGCCUCAACCUUGACAUCCCAGCCUUAGCAUGCUUAUCAGCUCUAAGUAUGAUGACAGAACGACAUGGCUUAAAAGAACCAAAGAAAGUGCAUGAACUAUGCAACAAGAUCAUGAGCGGCUUUAAAGAUCACUUGGCCUUCAGCUGCCAAAGCAAAGGACAACUUUUUGAGCCUGUGGAGUCCAAAGUGCUUGGGGUCCUUGCUGACUUGCGCUCCCUCUGCACCCUCGGACUGCAGCGGAUCUUUUACCUGAAAUUGGAAGAUUUGGUGCCGCCUCCUUCCAUUAUUGACAAACUGUUUCUGGAUACCUUACCAUUCUGAGGUUCAAAUUACCCUCGUGAAGGGCAACUGUCUACCAGAGCAGGCAAAAAAAAAAAAAAAAGACUGAAAACUUUAUGCUAACAAUGCUGCUCUCAUUUAACUGGCGGGAAAAGCAAUUCCAGCCCUGAGCAUUGGACUUCGCCUAAUGAAUUUCCUUGCAAGCUGCCUAAAAUGUAUCUACAGGUCUGGAGCUAGGAAACUGGAGAGAGGGAGCGUUGAGUGCAGUUUUUGUUUUUUAAUCACUAAUAUGGCACUUUUGAACGAUGCUACCCCAGCAGGAAAAAAUCUAUUGCAUAGCACCUCAUCUUAAGUGGUGAGCAGAAAAUUGUAGAUGCUGUGUGUUUGAAAAUAGUAGUGUUUGAAAACAGUAACAAUGGCAAAUUGUUCAUGCAGGUAGUAUGUCUUUUAUAGUUUAUACCUUUAGCAUACUUCCUGUACCAAGGGCACAUUAACCUGGCACAAAUGAAAAAUUCUCUCUCUUUUUUUCUAAUGUUGAUUCAUGUUUCGUAUCAAUCUGAUAUAGCAAAAUGACAACGGCUGUUAACUCCCAUGGUCAAGUGCAAUUUUUAAAGUCUUGUUUGUUAAUUAUAAUUUAUUUUAAUAUAAAAAGUAAAUGGAAAUAGCAAGAGUGAGGGGGGGGCAUAGUUUUUACAUGCACUAACUUCCAUGAUAAAGUUUCUCAAACUUUGGAUCCAUGUAACAUGACUUCCUAACAUGCCAAUAUGGGGGUGGGGGUGGAGUGGAGUGGAGAGGAAAGGCAGAAAGAAGCAAUUUGUGAUGAGGCCACAUUCUUACGAAGUAAGUCACGAUGCAUAGCAACCGAAAGGGUCAGCACCAUGCAUAGUUACAGUUUAGAACUGAAUUUAGCAAAUUGAUUAGUAAGGAUACAAGACAGUUUGGAAGAAGAACAAGUCUUGUAAAAAAUAGUCUGAAUGUAAAUGCUAGAAAGGUUUUAGUGGGCUGCAUUUUAAACAUUCCGUGUAUGUACUCCCUAUUUUGUAUGUUUAUACUGUUGAUGCUAUAUUAAUAUGAAACUAUUUGUUGCAUAGUGUCUUUAUUUGUAUAAAUAUUUGCAUGAAUAAUAUAUUGUAAAACUUCGCCUGUAUUUAUUGCAAUGACUGCCCGCUCCUGGGAGCCGCGUUACACAGAUCAACAAAAUAGUGCAUUCACACUGAUUCAGUUGAGUGUGGGUAGUUCACACACACAUAUAGGUGUGCAUUUCUAUUAACCAGCUGUAUAUAAAAUUCAUCCUUCCACAAGUAAACUUUAUCUUACUGUUUUAUUUGCAGUGACUUUUAAGGCAGUACAAUUUAGCACUUUGAUAUUAAAAAAUUUGCUCAUGUUUGGUAACAUAAAUAAUAUUUAAAUAUUUUAGUUCUUUACAAAAAAAAGAUUAUAUGCACUGUAUUAAGUUAAGAUUGGUCAUUUUGCUAAAAAGACGAAGAAAAGAAAACAUUUUGAAUGUCAAUUUCAUGCCCCAGUAUCUUUUUUUGUUAACGGUCUACAGUAAUUUUGUAUUUUUUAAAAAAACUGUAUAGAAAUUAUACAAUCAAACAGAUGCCAAAUUAACUGCCUAAUAGAUGCAUUGGACAACCUAGAUAUCAAGUUAUUAUCUCACUUUUAAAAAGGCUGGUAUUUUAUCUUUAUAUUUGGGUGUGCUUUUGGGGGGAAACAUAUUAUUAUUCUCAAGACUGGUAAUGGUAUCAACAGGAAAAGUUAUAUUAUAAGUUAUAUUUUCAGUUUUCCUUCAGAUAUUUUAAAAAUUACUGCUUUUUUAGUAUUGACUUCAUGGGCAAACAGAAUAGCAUGAUUAAAUAUCUGAGGAAACAGCUUUUUAUUGCAGGUAAAUUUUACUUGUUGAACUGUAAAGCAAUCAUAUUUUGAUUUUGAAUUCAUGCACCCAAUCAGAAGAGAAUUUAAAAGGCAUGCUAAUGUGUUUGCCACAUGUGCAAAAUAUAUAACUCACUAGAGGUAAUAAGAACCUCUGACAGUAAUUUAAUUUUUCACUUUCAUUCUCUUUCUGGAGACACACAAACCACAGUUCUCAUUUGGCAGUAAAUGGAAUAUGAAGGGUUGCUUUUUUAUAAUAAUAGGCAAACAAAGUUUAUUAGAAAGAAUAUGCUUUUGUAGUUGUAAGAAUUUUUUUAGUUAAUAUAUUUUCAAUAUUCAAAUAAAAUGCAAACAUUUUUGAAAGUUUGUGGUACAGAAUUAGUUCAAAACACUUCUCAGAAUCCCUUCUCCAUUCAGUUAAUUUCUGAGCUGUCCAAAUUUCCGGGGCUCAGAGACAGUGAUGAUAACUCAUCCAUGGCAUAAUAAAUAUUCCCACAGUUAAAUUUCCUGUGAUCAUUUGUGUUUCAGUUCCAUAGAUUUUUUUUUUUUUGGGGGGGGGACAUCAUCUUUGUUACCUAUGGAUAAUUAUUUUUUUAAGUUGAUCAGUUUGUUCAUACAGGAUAGUCACUGACAAAUCUCAAGAGUGAAAAACGAAACGAAAUGCAAAGCCAGUUCUGCUACUCCUUUUCUUAGAAACUUCCCAGUGUGAACAUGCCUUGUUUCAUAUACUAAAAUCAGGAAUAUUACAGCUGUUAAUGGAGAGUGCCUUGUUUUUAUUUCUAUUUCAGAUAACAGAGUGCUUCAGAAGUUUUCUGUUCCUCUAACAGCAAUGCUUCUGUUUUGUGAAUGUGUUAACCUGUAGGGUUGAAAGAAAUGCUCUUCUACAUAUCCAGUGUAAAUUAAAAUGAUUAAAUUGAAUUAACUUUUC